AUGCUAAUCGACCUGUUUCUUCUCCUUUUUACUGAAUGUGAAAGCAAAAACGUCUGUGAAAAAUAUCGUCCACCUGAGCAGCAGGAGGGGUCCUCCAGUGUGGAGCAGAAGAGGUCACAGCACUUCCACGUGAAAGAAGAGGAGCCACAGCCCCCCCACAUUAAAGAUGAAGAAAAACAGCGGCUGUCCCCCCACUUCAUAGAGAAAGACAAGAGACACCUCAUCAGUGUGAAGAGUGAAGAUGAUGAGGUCAAAGUUGAAAGUGAGGAGCCUCCAAGCAGCAGCUCAACUCAACACAUGACAACAGAAGCUGAUGGAGACCACUGUGGAGGAUCACAAGCAGACAAGCUCUUAGCUCCACUAUCAGAUAGUGAGGACACAACGUCACACUCUCCUGACACUGAUGAUGAAGACUCUAAAGAUGAUAAGACAUGUCACACUGACAACACACACCUUACAUGUUCUCACUGUGACAAAACCUUUAAACACAAUUGUCAUCUAAAAAUACACAUGAGAACACACACUGGAGAAAAACCUUUUUCAUGUUCAACUUGCGGUAAAGAUUUUAAUCAAAGGGGCCAUUUGAAAAUACACAUGAGAACACACACUGGAGAAAAACCUUUUUCCUGCUCAGAAUGUGGUAAAAGUUUUGCAGUAAGUCAAAGUUUAAAAACACACAUGACAACACACACUGGAGAAAAACCUUUUUCCUGCUCAGAAUGUGGUAAAAGUUUUGCAGUAAGUCAAAGUUUAAAAGCACACAUGAGAACACACACUGGAGAAAAACCUUUUCCCUGCUUAGAAUGUGGUAAAAGUUUUGCAGUAAGUCACAAGUUAAAAGAACACAUGAGAAUACACACUGGAGAAAAACCUUUUUCGUGUUCAGUCUGCAAUAAAUAUUUUACUCUCAGGACCAAUUUAAAAACACACAUGAGAAUACACACUGGAGACAAACCUUUUUCCUGCUCAGAAUGUGGUAAAAGUUUUGUAAAAAAUGUAAGUUUAAAAGUACACAUGAGAACACACACUGGUGAAAAACCAUACUCCUGUUCAAGUUGCAACAAAGGCUUCCGUUACCUAAACACUUUUAAAGUACACAUGAGAACACACACAGGAGAGAAAGUGUUGAGUUGCAGUGUGUGUGGUGAAAGAUUCUCCUAUAAGUACCAGUGUAAGAAACACAAGUGUGCUGGUGAGAAAAGCAGCAAGAGCAGGUUAAGUGCAAACUCCUCCAGAGUUUUACCUCCAAAAAUACGAGAGACGUCUGUGAAGAACAUCUUCACCCUGAGCAACAGAAGUGGAGCUUCAGGAUGGAGCCACAGCCCUCCCACAUUAAAAAGGAAGAGGAACACCCACUGA